AUGAGUCGUACAAAGACCGACGAAAUGCCUGCCACCGACGUCGCUUCCUUUGUGCACCAUCUGCAGUCCUCCAAACGUAUCGUUGCUCUGCUCGGCGCAGGCAUUUCGGCCUCGAGUGGGCUGCCUACCUUUCGCGGCGCUGGAGGACUCUGGCGAACGUACGAUGCCACCAUGCUGGCCACUCCAGAGGCCUUUGAAGCCGACCCGGGUCUUUCAUGGCAGUUCUACUCCUACCGACGCCACAUGGCUCUCAAUGCCAACCCCAAUCGUGCCCAUCUCGCCUUGGCCGAACUCGCUCGACGGAAUCCCGACUUUCUUACCCUCAGUCAGAACGUAGAUGGUCUGAGUCCGAGGGCCGGCCAUCCUCCAGCCCAACUCAAGCUGCUCCAUGGGUCUCUGUUCGACGUGAAGUGCUGGGACCAGUAUCGAUGUGGCUACAUUCGAAGAAACGACUUCACCGAUCCCAUUGUUCCUGCAUUGGGUCUACCAUCAGAGAACGAAGGACUCCCAGCUGACGCACAGCUCAAGGAAGCCAUACAGAAGAAGAAACAUGCACUGGUGCGAGGGGCUGACAUCUCAGACGUCAAUGUGCAAUUGCCUAGUAUUAGUCGAGAAGAUCUGCCUCAUUGUCCGCAAUGUAAGAAGAACCUCCUUCGCCCUGGAGUGGUGUGGUUUGGGGAAUCACUGCCGGGGGACGUCAUGAGUGAUGUGAGCGACUGGUUCCAACAGUCGGAACAGAUUGAUCUCAUGCUGGUGAUUGGAACCAGCUCCAAGGUCUACCCGGCGGCAGGUUACACGCAGCUGGCACGAGCCAAAGGCGCUCGGGUGGCUGUCGUCAACAUGGACCGCGGUGACGCUCGGGAGCUGACGAAGCGUGACUGGUUCUUUGAGGGGGACGCAGCAACGAUUGUGCCGGAGAUUCUCAAGAGUGUAGUGGGCGAGAUAGGCGAGUUUGACGAAACACAGAUAUCCAUGACUUGA